AUGGGGGAGCUUGGUUUUCCAGAGAAUCAGAUAAGCCACUUCUCAACAAGUUCCCUCCUGAGUGACAGAACACAGUUUGCAUCCUUCUUUAGGACUGUGCCAAGUGAUGCAUUUCAAUCUAAAGGUCUGGCCAAGUUGGUGUUAAAUUUUGGAUGGACAUGGGUUGGUUUGGUGGCUGUGGCUAACGACUAUGGACAACAAGGCAUUCAGGUCAUUAAACAUGAAAUUCUCAAAUCUGGAGCCUGCGUUGAGUUUACAGUGUAUAUUCAGCUUAAUCAACCCAAUCACAACAUUCUUCAAAUAGUUCAGGUCAUUAAAGAAUCAACUGCCCAAGCUAUAGUUGUUUUCUCCACCGAUGUCAAUUUCUUUACACUACUGGAUGAACUUUUAAAAGAAAACAUAACAGAUAAAAUAUGGGUGGCCAGCGAAGCAUGGUCAACAUCAUCAUUGUUAACAUCAGAAAAAUAUUCCAAGCUUCUUGCUGGAACCAUUGGUUUUGCUUUCUACAGUGGAAAUAUCCCUGGACUGAAACAACACCUUGAUCAGGUCAAUCCCCCAGAACUUCCAGAAUGGCCUUGGAAUUGGAUGUUUUGGGAAGAAAGUGUUGGUUGUACCUUUCUUAACUUUGAAAAUAUUUUAUUCCCUCAUGAAAGACCCUCAAGAAACUGCACAGAGGAAGAUAAAGUGGAAAAUUUUCAGAUUUAUUUAAAACGGAUAUCUAGCUUAAGAAUUGUUUACAACCUUCACAGUGCUGUUUAUGUGGUAGCCAAGGCUUUGCAUGAACUAAGUGUUUGUAGGCCGGGAAAUGGUCCUUUUGUUAACAGAAGCUGCUCAGAUAUCUGGAAUUUUAAACCAUGGCAGAUCCUACAUUAUAUGAAGAACGUUCGUAUAAAAUUAAGCAGCGGGCAAGAAAUGUUUUUUAAUGACAAUGGAGACCCUUCACCCAUGUAUGAUAUUGUUAACUGGCAGUUGACGUCUGCAGGGUUAAUAAACCACAUUUUGGUUGGACAAUAUGGCACAACAGCACUAAGAAUUAAUACAAGCACUUUGAAAUGGACAAGAGAUAGUCAAAAGAUUCCCACAUCUGUCUGUAGUGAGAGUUGUCCGCCAGGCUUCAGAAAAGCGGCAGUCAUGGGAAAACCCCAUUGUUGCUUCCAGUGCAUUCCCUGCCCACUGGGAGAGAUCACCAAUCAAAGUGAUUUUGUUGGGUGUUUCAAGUGUCCGUGGGAUCAGUGGCCAAAUCAACAGAAAGACAGAUGUAUACCGAAGAACACUGAGUACCUCUCUUAUGAUGAGACUUUGGGAGUCAUUUUAUUGUCCACAGGCAUUACCUCCUCCGUGAUCCCUGUAGCUAUUCUUGGAAUAUUGGUUCAUCACAAAACGACUCCCAUAGUCCGAGCCAACAAUUACACUGUUAGUUGCCUUCUCCUGAUCUCCAUGUCACUCUGCUUUCUUUCUUCACUGGCCUUUAUUGAUUAUCCCACCUGGGAAAAAUGUCUCCUACGCCAAGUGACCUUUGGAUUGGUUUUUGCUUUUUGUGUGUCGUGUAUCCUGGCCAAAACUCUCAUGGUCAUGACUGCCUUUAAGGCCACAAAGCCUAACAGUGAUAUAAAGAAGUGGGCCACCCCUGCAUUUUCCUACAUGGUGAUUGGCUUAGGAACCUUCUUUCAGUUAGUAAUAAGUGUUGUUUGGCUAUCUCUGUCACCUCCAUUCCCAGUUUAUAAUCUAAAUACCAAAGCUGAAGUUCUCAUUGCUGAAUGUAAUGAAGGAUCGCUCACUGCCUUUUGGUGUACUAUUGGGUAUCUAAGUCUACUUGCUCUGGCCAGCUUUGUGGUUGCCUUCUUGGCUAGACAACUCCCAGCAAGCUUCAAUGAGGCCAAAUAUAUAACCUUCAGCAUGCUUGCCUUCCUCAGUGUCUGGAUCUCUUAUAUCCCGGCAUCGCUCAGCACCAGUGGCAAAUAUACUGUAGCCAUGGAGAUCUUUGCCAUCCUGUCCUCCAGUUGGGCCACGCUCUGCUUUAUGUUUGUCCCAAAAUGUUACAUCAUUUUGUUCCGUCCAAGCAUGAACUCACGAAAACAUCUCUUAGGAAAAAAGUAACAACAAUCAAAUAAUAUGAAUGCCAAAUUAUUUCUAUUGGCUGUUGGCGA